AUGGGGGAGCCGGCGUUGGACAAUAGUGCGGUGUCUCCUCCACCACAGUCGCUUAUUGAGAGGCUCAAAGAUUACGGCCAAGAAGAUGCCUUUGCCCUUUGGGACGAGCUCUCUCCAGAAGAACGAGACCACCUCGUCAAGGAUAUCGAGAGCUUAGAUCUUUCGAGGAUUGAUCGGAUCAUUCGAUGUUCAUUAAGCUCACAAGGGCUUCUUGCAGCAGCUGUAGAACCAGUUCCGGAAAGCAAUGUGUCGAGCGUGGAGGAGCGCUCAAUGGAAGAAAGAGAGAGGUGGUGGAAGAUGGGAUUAAAGGCCAUUUCUGAUGGAAAGUUGGGCGUUCUUCUUUUAUCUGGUGGACAGGGUACCCGCCUUGGAAGUUUGGAUCCGAAAGGAUGUUUCAACAUUGGACUUCCAUCCGGUAAAUCGCUUUUCCAACUUCAAGCGGAGAGAAUUUUACGUGUCCAAAUUUUAGCAUCUCAAUCUGUCAAUGAGGGUUCUGCAAGGUUUACACCAAUACAUUGGUACAUAAUGACUAGCCCAUUCACUGAUGAGCCAACUCGCAAAUUCUUUGAAAGCCAUAAAUAUUUCGGCCUUGAAGCUGAUCAAGUCACCUUCUUCCAGCAGGGUACAAUUCCUUGCGUGUCAAAGGAUGGUAGAUUCAUAAUGGAGACUCCAUACAGAGUAGCUAAAUCUCCAGAUGGAAAUGGAGGAGUUUAUUCAGCUUUGAAAUAUUCAAAGUUACUGGAAGAUAUGGCUAUGAGAGGCAUUAAAUACUUGGAUUGCUAUGGAGUUGACAAUGCUUUGGUCCGUGUCGCAGAUCCAACUUUCCUCGGUUAUUUCAUUGAUAAAGGUGUGGCUGCUGCAGCAAAAGUUGUCCGGAAGGCAUACCCACAAGAGAAAGUUGGUGUUUUUGUAAGGCGAGGGAAAGGUGGACCACUCUCUGUGGUUGAAUACAGUGAGUUGGACCCAUCACUGGCCAGUGAAAUAAACCAGGCAACUGGCCGCCUUCGCUUUUGUUGGAGUAAUGUUUGCCUGCAUAUGUUCACUUUGGAUUUUCUGAACCAAGUAGCAAAUGGUCUUGAGAAAGACAGCAUCUAUCAUCUAGCAGAAAAGAAAAUUCCUUCAGUACAUGGACAUACAGAAGGAUACAAACUCGAACAAUUUAUAUUUGAUGCGUUUCCUUAUGCACCAUCCACAGCACUCUUUGAGGUAUUGCGCGAAGAGGAAUUUGCACCAGUGAAAAAUGCCAAUGGAUCAAAUUUUGAUACGCCAGAAAGUGCUCGUCUGCUUGUUCUUCGUCUCCAUGCUCGUUGGGUGGUUGCUGCUGGUGGCUUCUUGACACAUACUGUGCCCCUGUAUGCAACAGGUGUGGAAGUUUCACCACUUUGUUCAUACACGGGGGAAAAUCUAGAGGCCAUUUGUCGUGGAAGAACAUUUCAUGCACCCUGUGAAAUCUCAUUUUAG